CUCACUGCCUAUUAAAGCCAUUUAAUCUAGCUGGGAUCCAAGAAAACCUUUUUUUCAAUGCAUGUUGAGAGGGAUGCGCACUGGAAUUUUGUGACCUGAUCAACUGAAAAUGAAAUGUAAAGCUAGUAAACGGAUCAACACAGAUAGAGAGCUACUCUCUGGCUCCACAGGGAAAACAUAAUCUCCUCAGAAAGAGGGCACUAAGGGGCAGUGCAUCAACUUCCUGUCCAGAGAGUAGUCACACAUGAAUGUCAAUGCAAAGGGAAAAGAUGAAAAAGAUAUAUAUUGGGAAAACAGCAUUAAAAAACCCCAGAAAUGGUUGUAAGCAUCAGAAGAAAAGCUCUCUACAGGAGCAGAAGGACGAUCUGCGGAAAAGGCUGUCAUACACCACCCACAAGCUGGAGCUGCUGGAGACGGAGUUCGACUCGACGCGGCAGUACCUGGAGACGGAGCUGCGGCGGGCGCAGGAGGAGCUGGAGAAGUUCACAGACAAACUGCGCAGGAUACAGAACAGUUAUGCAGCUCUGCAGAGGAUCAAUGAGGAUCUAGAAGAUAAAAUUCACAGGGCGUCUCAGCACCAUGACGAGGAGAAGAGAGCCCUGAGCCGAGAGAUCAUUGUGCUCAACAACCACCUCAUGGAGGCCAAGAUUACCAUGGAGAAACUGCAAGAGGACAACGACCUGUACAGGAAGGACUGCAACCUAGCAGCCCAGCUGCUGCAGUGCAGCAAAUCCCAGUACAGAGCCCACAAAUUGUCAGAGCUGCCCUCUGACUUUAAGGAACGUCUUAGCAUGCACAUGGAGAAGCACGGCUGCGGGGUCACCAUGGCCCUCUGUCACACGCCUUACCCCGACUCGGUGCCGACCGCCGUCAUCGCCAAGGUGCUGGAGAAGCCGGAGCCCGGCGCCAGCUGCCCGGUCUCCCGCUCACCCAGCCCUCAGCCCCAGGACCCCGAGUUCCUGGCCAACAGCAUGGACAGCGGCGAGCGGCUACGUCGCCGCGUGGCCUACAAGUCCUCGGACCUCUACUGCAGCGACACGGCGCUCUACUGCACGGAGGAGCGGCAGAGGGAGCGGCGCCAGAGCGUGGACCUGCAGGGGCCGGAGACGGGCGUCCUCCAGCCCCAGAACUCCACUGACAGCAACCCCGAGGAGGAUGGCUUCCACCCCGUGUUCGUCCACCACGAGCCCUCCUUCGCCGAGUUCGCCAUCGCUUCCCUGCCGGCCUCCAGCACCUACUCCAGCUUCAGCAUGGCGUCGGACGAGAAGGGCCACGCCCUCAGCAGCACCAUCUCCUCCUCGCAGCAGGCCCUCUACAUGGACUGGCGGGACGGCGACUACGAGCGCAAGAGCACCUCCUCCUACGAGAAGGACAGCCCCAGCUUCCCCAAGUCCAGGAGCUUCCAGCAGGUGGCCCAGGGCCCGCAGAACGGCAGCGCUCCGGCCUACGUUCGGACCGUGUCCUGUUACAGCGAGCCCUACCAGUCGCCCCGCCUCGCCUCCUCCCGCAGCGUGGGUUCCGCCCAGCCGUACGACGGGGACCACGGCGGCGUCCACAUCCUGGAGGAGGACCUGAGCGGCCGCUGGAGGCAGCUGAGCGUGGAGGACAUCAACGCCUACUCCUACCGGAACCCGGGCCGGGUUUCUCCCUACAGCUUCUCGGAGCAGCACUUCACCGUGGGCCCGUCCAAGAUCAAGCUGGGGCCCCUCUACAGCAGCUUCCAGGAGGGGGACGACGUCUACCACAGCGCCAUCCUGGACCACUGCUUCGUGGCCUCUCCCAGUCCCAGCCCCAGCCCGGAGCACAGCCUGGGCCUGUGCAAGCAGGAUAAGGGGCCCCUGUACCGGGCGAAGGAGGACAGCCAAGAGUCCGAACGCAACCUCUUCCACUCAGGAAGCUCCAAGGACAAGGAGAGCACCGGCAGCAGCAUGAAGAAGGAAUACGUGGAUGUCAGCCCCAACAGCUCGGCAGAGUCCUUAAACCAAAGUCCCCUGGAGCCGUCCAACAUGCAACACUACCAGCUAGAGCGGCAGAGCCCCACGCACCAGAGGAAGAUGCCGACACAGCACCAAAGACCUGGGAGCACGGGCCUCUGUAGGAAGGACAGCCUCACCAAGGCCCAGUUGUACGGCACACUGCUGAACUGACGAUUCAUCCUUGCUGAAGGGAGUAGUUCUUUAGGCCCCUUCCGUGCCUGCUUUUAACCGAAGAGCAACCGAGACGUGCUGCAGUGAGAUUCCAGUGCAGGUAGAUUUCAGAGGAGCUAAAAUGCAACACAAGCUUUGCUUGGAACCCACAAUGUGAAUAAGGUAUUCGAUACAAAAUGUAUCAAAUAACGUGCCAAGUGAAGAGAUGGAGGCCCGAUUUCUGCAGUUACUGUUUUUAUUUUUUAGAUACUGUACUGUACACAGUGGGUGGUAAGGCAAGCAUUAAUUCACUAAUCUUUAAGGCCAAGUGGAGUUUAUAUGAGGAGGCCUUUUAGUUGCCGUAAAUUGAGUAUUGUUGGUUUAUAUCUCAUGCUGCUCAUUUAGAGAUCAAUGAACAUAAUAUUUCUCCUUGAUUGCUGUGAAGAAAGGGUGUCAUUCUGAAAAAGCAAUAACACAGUGCAUGAUGAUGUUGGGAAUAGUGUGAAUGGAUGCCAAUUGCACUAUAAUGUAAUUGGAAAGGGUACAAAGAAAGGCAGCUUUGGAAAUGACUGUUAAACAAAUGGUAUAUUUACAUAGUGUAUAUUAGGUGUUUGAAAGUCAGAUUUGUUGCCACUAACAAAUUACAAAAUGAAGGCAAAAGAACUGUUGGGAAUUGUAAACACCCACUGUCUUUCAGUUUCUCACAUUUGCAGUAUGUGUAAUUUGUAUGGCAGUUCAACUGUGGGGCCGAGAAGGAAGCCUCUAUAAAUCAGUGGCAGUUGAUAAAAUUUGUUUGGCACAAUUCGGUUUUUAUAUUACAAAUGACCCUGGGCUCUCGUUAAGCGGUUUGUAAGCCUAACUUUGAGCCAAAACUAAAAUUAGCUGGCAGGUUUAGUCAACUCACUCCCACCAGACACCCCUGGUACAUUUUGCCUUAAUUAUUUUAGGUUGCUGGAGCUGCCAGUUUGGUUCCAUCCCACAAUCGUGUAAAUAUGUGUUUAUAAUUCUGGGUAUACAGAGCGUUUUAGGCAGGCCAGGUCCUCCUCUUCAGCAUAGUGCAUUACUGGGAGAGGAGCCGCAUGGGCCACAUUGACCGAACCAAAAUUAGCCACUUGCUCCGACAAUUCCUUUUCACUGUGGUGUUUUUUCUGCUAUGUCUUCCCUGUUCAACCUCGUCUUCACUUUUAAAGUUCUCAUACCCACUUUAUUAUUUGCCCUGCUGCCUUGAGCAGAAAAGAGCUGCUACUAUUGGAGAUGAUGCCAUCAUAGAUGAUAUGGAGAAGCCCUAUGUUAAUUGAGUAUAUGCUAUUCCGUUUUUCUUCAAGGAAUUAGUUUGCCUUACAUUUUAUUUCCAGAAAGAAAUAGACAGAGCUCCGAAACUGUGUUCCCAGUUGUGAUGUGAUCAACCUGGAGUGAAAGAGGGGCAGCAGAAUUGACUUUUUUUGUUAGUUGUAGAUAAACACAAUACAGUCCUUUUUAAAUUGUCCUGCUGCAUUAAAGUUCUUUAUGUUGACCCCAAUAAGUCACUGUCUUGUUCUACCUCAGAUCCAGUAACCUUUCCAUGAAACAAGGUCAGCUGUUUGUACUCCCAUUAUAAUGCAUGUUUCUAUAUUUUUGUUGUAUGUUUCUUUAUUUAAUAAAG